AUGGACGGGGGGACAGCCCCCCGCAUGAACUGGUUUAAGGGCUUACCUCCAGAGGUAGACUUGAACCAGAGCAAUAAUAACACCAAUAAACGAAAAUUUAAGCGCACAAAAAAUGAUGACGAGGAAUACCCGGGAUUGCCCGUAAUCCAUAAUGAUAGCAAUAUUCCCCGCUACAUAGUGGUAGCAGGAAUGGAAAAAUCAGGAGAUAAUCUUCGCCCUCUUUCAUCAUACAAUCCAAUUCAAAUAAAUCGAGGCUUGGAGCAUAUAUCGAAAGACAUAUUGGAAGUCAAAGCAAUGAGGUCAGGUGAUUUACUCCUUAAGGUUUUGAAUGUCAAAACAGCAGACAAAUUCCUCAUGGCAAAACGAAUUGACUCAAUCCCAGUUAAGGUAUCUAAUCACUUAAGCCUCAAUUCAAUUCAGGGGAGAAUUUUCUCAAAACAUAUAGUUGACAUAUCUGAAGAUGAGUUAACAACAGAACUAAACAGAUUCAAAGUUAUCUCUGUCAACAAAAUUACGAGAAAGGAGAAUGGUGUUGAAGUGCCAACAGGUGCCGCAAUACUAACUUUCGACUUGAUUCGCAGACCAAACGAAGUAAAGAUAGGAUGGGUAAAUUGUAAAGUCCAAGAAUACAUACAAAAUCCUAUGCGCUGUGCGACAUGUCAAAAACUUGGUCACACAAAGAAUCGAUGUACCAAUGCUUCUCUUUGUAAAGAAUGCUGUCUCCCUCCACCUCAUGAUGAAUGCACACGUAUUUAUUGUAUUAAUUGUAAGGAAGAGAGCCACACUCCAUACGACCCUGCCUGCCCUGCCUUCCUUCGCUACAAAUCGAUAAACAAAAUCAAAGCCGAUCGUCGUUGUUCUCUUCGCGAUGCUUGGGCAAUAUACAAUGAUAAUCCCACUCUUCACCAGCUUCCAGCUCCGAAAAAGCGCAAAGAGGGUAAGCCAACAAUAGCAGAGACAAUUAAAGCUCGUUUGGAAAUUUCAAGAUUGCGAGACCAACAAAACCGCUCAGAGAAAAAUUGUUUAAUAGUAGCCUCCACCACAACCACACCAACAGCAUCCACCACCACAUCACCAGCAGCUCUCACCUGCACAUCAUCAACCAACACCCACUCUAUACCAGCAGCCACCGGAGACAUACCAAAGUCAAUUCAAAAUAGUCUCUCACUACCCACAACAACAAUUAUUCAAGAAAAUAGUAAUCACUCGACUAAGAAAUCACUCAUUGCCAACCAACAACACAACCAUGAAAUUUUCUCAGCUAACCAACUAACUCAACCAUCUUCCAACAACGCAUCAAACUCCGAAUUUAACAAAAACAACAUAAAUAAUGAAAAAAUUACCGAAGAUCUCUCUGAUGAAUCUUUAACAGAUGAUAUUGAGAUGGAUAUUAGUACUGAGAACUCAUCUCAGUCUUCUACCUCCUAUCUCAAAAAUUCUUCAAAUCUCACAAACAAAUCAAAUAACACACAACUUAAUGAAUAUACUACUAACACAAUACUACUAAACAAAAAAACCCAACCACAAUAA